AGCGUCCUUGUUCUUAAUUAUUGUAUCAUUUCCAUUGAUCAUCAUACCAGUAAUUAUUUUUUCCUUCAAAAACAAAGUAGAUAGGAUUGUUGCAUGGACCGGAAACCCAAACCGGCUAAAGUUUGGCCCUCAUGAACCUUCUCAACUGUACAAUCACUGGUCAUCAUGGUUCGGUAUUACAACUACACCUCUUUCUCUUACUCUUAUCCGGCCAUGAUUCGGCUCAAGCCACUCACGUCGAGUCAGAUAUGUAUGAAAAAAGCUAUCGGUUGGACCCAACCAUGAAAAUACUCAUGCUCGUCAUGGCAAGCGUUUUCUUCACUCUCGGGUUUUCCUCCAUAUAUAUCCGUAGGUGGAUUGAGCGAAUCACUGGGAUAAACAACACACACUCCGUCGACGCUGGUGGUAACUGGCUUUCCCUGAGCCACCCGCAGGCGCGUGGAUUCGAGGCAUCGGUCAUUGAGACUUUUCCGACGUUCCAAUACUCAACGGUUAAAACGCUCAAGAUCAACAAAGAGGCCCUUGAAUGUCCUAUUUGCUUAAACGAGUUCGAGGACGCUGAAAUCUUGCGUUUGGUUCCUAAAUGUUGCCACGUGUUCCAUACUGAUUGUAUAGAUGCUUGGUUCCAGUCUCACGCCACAUGUCCUCUAUGCCGAGCAAAUCUCGUCCCUGUACUGGGAGAAUCAGUUGUUUCUAUCCAGAUACCCGGUUUAACCGAUGACGCUCCCUGUUCUGAAUUAACCGGUGGUCGGAAUACGGUUUUGGGUUCUCCGGAUGCGAGAUUGAUUGACUCGGUGGCGUUGACCUGUAACCAGAGUAUGCCACGUAGGUCUUUGUCUACCGGUUGGAAUUUAGCCGAAAUUUUCACCACCAGUCAACAUGAGGGGAAUCUCGACCGGUUCACACUUAGGUUACCGGAAGACAUUCACAAUAAGCUCGUGGACCGGAGCCAUUCAAAAGGCCACGUGGCGUUUCCUCAUAUGAUGAGUUCAUCAAGUGGGUACAGAACCAGAGGCCUAGAGAAUGAUGCAAACUAUUUCUACUAUGAACGGUUUGACCAAGAUGGUCGGUUAGACCGUCGACCAUUCUCCAUAACUCCUCCGUACCGGACAUGUUCGAUGAAAUCACCGUUUGACUGGUUUUUUCUUGAAAAGAACAACAUCGGUGAACGUUCGUCCGAUCACCUUCGCUCCGGCCAUGAUAACUCAUCGGGAGACCAAGUUGUAUAA